UCCCCUCAAUGCCGUGGCUUUCGGGCGCGACCUUGUUCGCCCCUAGCUUCAAGCGUAGUACAACUCUACCAGAUUGGUGGCGCUGUCGAACAGUAUGACGUCAUUUGUUUACAAACAGGGAGAGGUCUGUUAUGUCCGGUUUCCGACUGAUAAUGCGAUGCAUGUCCGGCGCUCGAGCGACUACAAAAGGACAGUGAGCUAUAGUAGCACAACUUUUGUCGAUAGGGUUUUCGCGGGCUGCACUUCCUAUCCGUGAACUCGUGCUGCACCGUUACAAAACGGAUACGAGAGUGCAGAGGGCACGAGCGGCACUGACAAAACGAAUACAGAAGUGCCUGCACCGCCUGAACUAGUUCAACGAGUGCAGCCAAAUCGAAGAGACCUAAUAUUUCGAGUCAGUGAGCUGGCAACCCUGCGUCGAAGCGUGGAACGAGGUGGAUUUUAACUGCUUCGCCGGCUAAUGCAACGCUUGCUGGGUUUCGGUCGUCGCUGUGUUCGCCAACAAAUCCUGUCACUUCGCAUAUCGCAGAGACUAAAAAUGGAUCUCGCAAGUCUGGUAAAAGUUCUGAACCAAAUGGCGCCCCUCGAGGUCGCCGAAUCGUGGGACAACGUCGGUUUGCUCGUCGAGCCCACUUCAGUCCACGUCAAAGCGACGCUUCUGACGAACGACCUUACACUCGAAGUCGUCGAUGAAGCCGUUAAUCUCGGAGCGCAAAUGAUCAUCUCGUACCACCCGCCGAUCUUUGCUCCGCUCAAGGCGCUCCGACAAACAUCUUGGAAGGAAAAGAUCAUCGUGUCCUGCUUAGAAAACAAAAUUGCAGUGUAUUCGCCACACACGGCUUGGGACGUUGCCCAAAAUGGCGUUAAUGACUGGCUUCUGUCCUGCUUUCAAAUUUCAGACUCUAAGCCCGUCACCGCAAGUGACUCUGACCCAAACGUUGGUGCAGGGCGGAGGGUAACGUUACAGGAAAAGCUUACUGUAAAGGAAGUUACAGAGUGUGUUAAGAAGCAUCUUCAACUGAACGGUGUAAGGCUAGCCUUGGGAAGUGGGAAGAGUUUAGAUUCAACAAUUCAAAGUAUAGCUGCAUGUGCGGGUUCAGGAGGAAGCGUGUUAAAAGGAUGUACAGCUGUAGAUUUGCUGCUCACGGGUGAAAUGUCGCAUCACGAAGUCCUGGAUGCGGCUCAGAGGGGGACAUCUGUUGUCUUGUGUGAUCAUUCUCACACAGAAAGAGGUUAUCUAGAACACUUUGCAGAAAGGUUGAGGCACGAGACACAGGGCAUUGUGGUACACGUUUCAAGCUUGGAUAGAGGUCCAUUGCAUAUUGUAUAGUGGUGCUUACCACUGCCACAUUAAUAAUAAAUGUGCUACAAUUCUGAAUAAGU